AUGAGCGCCCUCUACAACUCGGCCCUGCGCCAAUCGAAAUCCAUCCGCGCCGACCUCGAGGCCCUCUCCUCCAACACCGCCGCCAACCCCGUCGCCCUCCAAGGCCAAAUCACCACUUCCAUCACCUCCUUCUCGCGAACCCUCGAUGACUACCAGCGCUCCGUAACCGACGAGCUCGUCCCAGAAAAAGCCGAGAAAGGCAAAGAGCGAUUGUCAAACUUCCGCACCGAACUACUAGACUUUCGAAGCCGAUUCGCGGAGCUGAAACACACGCGGGAAGAGCAGCAACAUUCGCAGAACCGCAGUGAGUUGCUGGGCAGGAGACCGCAUGCUUCGAAUACGCCUGAGAAUCCUUAUGCGGACGCGGCUAUAAGCAGCGGCGCGGGGAGAGGAGAGAAUGUGAACCCGCUGUUCAGGACGAGUAAUCCCAACUUUGUGCCCGGUGCGAAUGGACAGAAUAGCUACAGCUCGUAUCAAUCGCCUUACGGGCUAGGAGGAGACGAAGCACGAGAGAGCCAUGCGUUGAAGGAGAACAGCUUCUUCUCGAGUUCGAAUCAGACGCUGGAUGAGUACCUGGAGCGAGGGAGAGCUGUCCUAGCGGAUCUGGGUGAUCAGAGAGAGAUGCUGAAGGGGACUCAAAGAAAGCUUUACGAUAUUGGCGCGACGUUGGGGAUUUCGAGAGAUACGAUCCGUAUGGUGGAGAGGAGAGCGAAACAGGACAAGUGGAUCUUUGGAGGUGGCUUCAUAGUCUUCUGCUUGUUCAUUUGGCUUGUGGUGCACUUCUUGAGAUGA